AUGCAAAACAAAAAAACCCAUUUCACCAUUGACAUUUCUCCUCAAUGGCUACUGUUCUUUCACUUCUUUCUCCAUCUCCAACACCUUUCUUCUCCAUUACAAUCUCUACUCCUGCUCUACCAUUUUCCAUUUCAAGAAUUCAAUCCCAAAACUACAAUCACAAUCCAGACAAUCACCACAUCAAAUUCUCAACAAAUUCAUAUCGAAUAACCACACGAGGUAGCAGCCAGUUCAUGUCCGAGGAAGAAGAAGAAGAAGAAGAAGAUGACGAAAGUUGCAGCUUCGAUGAAGCUGUUAUGCUUUUCAACAUGAGGGAAUACUACAAAUGCCAUGAUGUUCUUGAAGCUCUAUGGAACAAGUCCCCGGAGCCAACGCGCACCCUUGUUCACGCCAUCCUGCAAGUUGCAGUUGGCUUGCACCACCUCUUUAAUCAGAAUCACAAGGGGGCAAUGAUGCAGCUGGGAGAAGGGCUUUGUAAGUUGAGAAAAAUGAAUUUCGAGGGAGGGCCAUUUCAUCGGUUCGAGAAAGAGAUUUCAUCAAUCUUGGAAUUCAUUUACCAUACACAAUUAGAGCAAGCUGCCUGCACGGAAGAACACUGCAUAGCAAUGGAUGGAUCAGAGAGAUCGUACCAACUACUUGGAGGUUAUGCGGCCGGAGAGCGGAUCUAUCAUUUAGAACUUGAUAACAGAUGGAAUGCACAUAUUGUAUUCUGUCCCGACAAGUACGAGGGCACAGGCACCGAACCGCCGAGCAUAAAGAUACCAGUCCUUGAAGCUUCUGAACAACAUAUAUUAAACUUAGAAUACCAUUAGUUAAGAUAUGGGAUAAUUUUUAUUCUUCCUCAACAUAUAUUUAUCAAAAUAAAAUUAAAAAUCUUCAUUAUUAAA